AUGAUCGCUGAAAUACUUGUGCUAGUGCUACUAGUUGUGUCUAUAAUAUCGUAUACGAAUUUUCGCCAAAGGAUGUCUUUCGCCAAGGAUUUACCGAUGGCGCAGCCAUACUAUCCACUCGUGGGAAACGCAUUGUCGGUACUGUGGAAAACCGAUGAGGAGCUGUUCGAUAACGUGAAUAGUUUGUUGAGUCAUCCUGCCAAACUGUUUAUGAUCUGGUUAGGGUUUUUCCCGCUAAUUAGCACCAAUGAUCCGGGUAUAAUUCAGAAAAUACUCACACAUCCGCAAUGCAUACAGAAGCCACAUUUUUACGAUUUCUUCAAAUUAGAGUUUAGCGUUCUUAUAGCACAAUCUAAUUUGUGGAAAACUCAGCGUAAGGCACUCAACCCGUCAUUCAAUCUAAAGAUUUUAAAUGGAUUCAUUCCGAUUUUUGACCGCUGCGCACAGAGAUUAGUUAAAGAUAUUUCGCGGUGUCUGGCAGGUGAACAAAUCCUGAUAACAAAUUUAACGACUCGGUGUGCUCUGGCUAUGGUAUUUCAAAACGCCUUGAUUAAAAGGGCGGAACGUUCAAAGAUAUCUGAGGAUGGUGACCAGGACGAUUAUCGGAAACCAAAAAUGUUUAUAGAUCAAUUAUUAGAUCUUCACGGUCAGAAGAUUCUUAGUGACAUUGAGCUGCAUCAUAAUGUAAUCAUAAUGAUGACUGCGGGUAGUGACACUACCGGAACUACAAUGGGAUUCAUUGCACAGUUGUUUGGUAUUUACCCACAUCUUCAGGAAAAAGUGUACCGUGAAAUUAAAGAAGCAUUUCCGUCCGAUAGCAAUCUGGAUUUUACUCCAAAAAGAUUGGCACAGCUGCAAUACACAGAAAUGUUUAUCAAAGAAAGCCUUAGACAUUUUCCAGCAGUGCCGAUUAUUUUGCGACAAACGACAGGCGAUAUCGAACUGGAUGGUAUCAUGAUUCCCACUGGUACCACGCUUCAAAUGAGUAUUUAUAAUUUGCAUCGACGCAAGGAUCUUUGGGGACCUGACGCGGAAGAUUUUAAUCCGGAAAAUUUCUCUGAAGAACGCAUCGAGCGACGGCAUCCAUUUGCAUAUCUUCCUUUUAGUGGCGGUAACCGGAACUGUAUCGGCUAUCGAUACGCUAUGAUUAGCAUGAAAAUAAUGGUCGUGCACUUGCUGAUAAAUUUUCGAUUUAAAAGUGAUUUGUGUCUUAAGGACUUGCGAUUAAAGUUCGACGCUUUGCUAAAAUUUUCUGAAGAACCAGGUUUACUUGUGGAACGUCGUGUGGCACUGCCAGUAAUGUGA